GUAAGAAUACAAAUAUCUAGCUGGGUAACAGUCAAAUGAAGCUGCUUUAAAUUAAUAUACUCAUUUAGCUUAUAGUGACUUGGUAAAAGCUAUGCUAAUGCAAGAACUACAUCACAGAAGAAAUACACUGCUUCUUUAAAAAUGGUUUAAAGGAGUAUUUUAAUGAGAUUUUAUUUUAGCUGGAGAAAUAGCACAGUUUCAAAAUAUAUUCCUAUAAAUGAUGACAUUUUGUGUAGGAAUCAGUUAGGGCAAGCCAUUUCCUUGAGGUUCAGUUUAUAUCCCCUUCAGGUAAAUAUUAGACCUAUUUCAACCCAUGCAAACAAAUGAAAGUUCAGAAUUUCUUAAAAUUAUCUUAAAUUGCUCUGUCUAUGAACUGCUCAUCUCACCAAUCCUUAUUCUUGUUUCUUCACAGACUUUCUACUCAUUGUGUCAGCCAUAAAGAAUAAAAUGGUUAAGAAGGUAGCAGUGGUUGGAGCAGGUUGCAGUGGUCUGCCUACCAUUAAAUGCUGCUUAGAUGAAGGACUGGAGCCAACUUGCUUUGAAAGAAGUGAUGACAUUGGAGGCCUCUGGAGGUUUAAGGAAAACCCUGAAGAUGGAAGAGCCAGCAUUUACAAUUCUGUGAUUAGCAAUACUUCCAAGGAAAUGACAUGUUAUAGUGAUUUCCCAAUUCCUGAGGAUUACCCAAAUUAUAUGCACAAUUCCAAGCUGCUGCAGUACUUCCGUCUCUACGCAGAACACUUCAAUCUCUUGCAGUAUAUUCGUUUCAAGACCACAGUUUGCAACAUACAGAAGCGUCCAGACUUCAGCAUGACAGGGCAAUGGGAUGUUACAUCAGAAUGCAAUGGAAAACAACAAACAGAAAUAUUUGAUGCUGUCUUAAUCUGCACUGGACAUCACUGUACCCAAAACUUGCCACUUCAUUCUUUUCCAGGUAUAGAGAAUUUCAAAGGCCAAUAUUUGCACAGUCGACAAUACAAAACUGCCCUUCCUUUCAAGAACAAAAAGAUUAUUGUUGUUGGCAUUGGGAAUACAGCAGUUGAUUUGGUUGUGGAACUAAGUUCUGUGGCUAAACAGGUUUUCUUGAGCACAAGGCGAGGUGCAUGGAUAGUAAAUCGUGUGUGUGACAAUGGCUACCCCCUGGAUACAGUCCAGUCCACUCGUUUUAACUGCAUUGUCCAGGGCAUGAUUCCAGUGCUUACAAAUCAUUUACUUGAGAGUAAAGUCAACGCAAGAGUAAACCAUGACAAUUAUGGUCUAAGACCCCAGCACAGGUUCCUCAGCCAGCAACCAACAGUCAGUGAUGAUCUACCCAACCGCAUUAUUGCUGGCAAAGUGCUACUGAAAACCAAUGUGAAGCGUUUCACUGAGACUGAUGUGAUCUUUGAGGAUGGAACAGUAGAGAAAGAUAUAGAUGUGGUCAUUUUUGCCACAGGAUAUGUUUUCAGUCUUCCAUUUUUAGACGAGUCUGUGUUGAAAGUCCAAAACAAUGAAAUUUCUUUGUACAAAAUGAUCUUUCCUCCUAAUCUGGAAAAGCCCACUCUGGGGUGCAUUGGCUACAUCCAGCCUACUGGUGCUAUCAUGCCCAUUGCAGAGAUGCAAGCACGCUGGGCUACCAGAGUGUUCAAAGGCCAUCACCAGUUGCCAUUACCAGAAGGAAUGAUGAAGGAAAUCUCAGAAAGGAAACAAAAAAUACAGAACAGGUAUUUCAAAAGUCAGCGUCACACCCUGCAAGUAAGUUAUGUAGCUUACAUGGAUGAAAUUGCUACAGAAUUAGGCUGCAAGCCAGACAUAAAACAGGUCAUGCUGACUGAUCCCAAACUGGGCUGGGAACUAUUCUUUGGGCCCUGCUCCCCCUACCAGUAUCGCCUGUUUGGACCAGGAAAGUGGAAAGGUGCCAGGCAAGCCAUUCUGACUCAGAUGGAUCGUAUCAUAAAGCCAACAAAGACCCGAGUUCUGAACAAUAAGGACAUGUCUCAGUCUACUAUGCCCUUUGGCUUUAAGCUUCUUGGAAUCUUGAUGGUUUUUGUUGCUAUGUAUGCCAUGAUUUAAGGUGCCAAACAUUAGAAAAUGAGUUGCAGAGAAAGGGAGGGUGAGCCUGUUAUUAUGUAUUUCACUGAGAACUCUUGCUAUAAAUUCCUGCCUUUUAUUGCCUAGCUUCCAGUUCUCUACAAAGAAACUUGAAUAGUUCCUAAAUGUCAAUAAUCGUUGUCUUAUUUAUAUUUAAUAUUUAAUCUAUAGCCUUUAUUGUUUAGUAAAAAUUGUCUGUGUGUUGUUAAUUUAAACCUGCAGUAACCAUGUUCCAUAAACCUGCUAAUGCACAUACUUACAAUGGAUAUGGAAAAGUAGAAGUUUUGUAUUUUGUUUUUCUUGCUAAAUAAAACCAGAGUUGAUGCCAACA